AGCGAGCAAAAGACACCACAACCUGUCCAAGGCAAUAUUAUAUAUUUAUUAGACAGCCACGUGUGUUGGCAUGUAGCGUAUUUACACACAAAGUUGUAGCUCGCUACAUACUAGCAACGAAGUCGCGAUAUUGCUAGCGACAGCGCCAUGUCGGAUUGCGCUGCGACCGACGACGACUCGGCAGUACCAUCGCUAGAGCAGUCGUCUGAGCAGGAUUCUGGGCCAGCGUAUGUGGUUGACAAACAAAAUCAGUUCCGGGAAAUGGCUUCGGGUGAUAUGGGAGACGGUAUGCGUGGUUUGGGUGGUUUAGAUGUACCGAUAAGUAAUAAGGGUCAAGCACCCGGCAAGAAUACACCGUCUGUUUCGGAAAGGAAACGGCUGGACGGCAGCUCAGACCCCACCGUUAACUACGAACAACUGACCGGCGAACCGAGUGGUACUAGUCUAAUGGGCUCUGAUGCCAUGCAAGGGCGCAGUCCAGCAGUUUAUAAGGUACAU